AUGCCCCAAGGCCAUAGGACAAGACUGUCCCGCCCAUACAGGACCAGCAUAAAAGGCAACUCCGAGCCUUUCUCUCUAACACACUUCUCCUCACACACUUCUCGGACCCUCCACACCACACCCAUGGCCUGCAACAGCCUCUGCCGACCCUGCGGACCCACCCCGCUGGCCAACAGCUGCAACGAGCCCUGUGCCCUGCAAUGCCAGGACUCCCGCGUCAUCAUCAACCCUUCCCCUGUGCUGGUCACCCUGCCAGGACCCAUCAUGACCUCCUUCCCCCAGAGCACCGCCGUCGGAUCCACCUCCUCGGCUGCUGUUGGCACUGAACUCAGUGUGCAGGGACAGCCCAUCUCUGGGGGAUUUGGUGGCUUUGGCUAUGGGCUUGGCUAUGGCUGUGGAUUUGGCUAUGGGCUGGGCUGUGGCUAUGGCAGAAGGGGCGGUUACAUCUGCUAAGAACCCUCAGCACCACUCCUGACACCAUGCUCCCACUGUGGGGCAGGAA